UGAGCGGAUGAAAACAAAUAGCGACGAUGGCGACGGCAGGCGAGCCGAAGAGGCCGCGGUCGUGAGGGAAAGAGGGAGGUUUUCCCUAGGGUGCCCGCCGCCCCAAGGCAUUCUGGGGUUGAGCUCUAGACUCAAACCCAUCGGAGGCCCCUGAAGUCGCUCGGCCUCUUCUUGCCUGACUCGAGACUAAGACCGGGGCCCUCCAUCAAGGCCUGGGAUUCCUGCUUCCUAGCUGCUGAGAAGGAGGCCUCUCGGCCCGUGAUUGAGGAGGCCCCUCGCGCUUCGGAACCGGUUUCUUUCGCACAGCCAUUGGGCCUGGCCAUGCGGAGGGGCUACGGCGGCCUCUGGGCGCAUUCAUCCCCGGAAUGAAACCCCGAACCGCCAUCUCGGCCUCCCCUGUGCUGGUAAAGAUCUCUUUAUGCAAUGGACACUGAUCUCAGUUCCCAAGAUAGGAAGGACUUGGACAAGUUUAUCAAAUUUUUUGCCUUGAAGACUGUACAAGUGAUUGUUCAAGCCCGGCUUGGAGAAAAGAUUUGCACCCGAUCCUCAUCCUCACCAACAGGCUCUGACUGGUUCAACUUGGCAAUAAAAGAUAUACCAGAAGUUACUCAUGAAGCAAAGAAAGCCUUGGCAGGACAGCUGCCCGCUGUUGGGCGGUCCAUGUGUGUGGAAAUCUCUCUCAAAACCUCUGAGGGAGAUUCCAUGGAACUCGAAAUCUGGUGUUUAGAAAUGAAUGAAAAAUGUGAUAAAGAAAUUAAGAUUUCAUACACUGUGUAUAACAGGCUGUCUCUAUUGCUGAAAUCUUUGCUUGCUAUAACAAGGGUGACUCCUGCCUAUCGAUUAUCAAGAAAACAAGGUCAUGAAUAUGUAAUAUUGUACAGGAUAUACUUCGGAGAAGUGCAACUCAGUGGCUUGGGAGAAGGGUUUCAGACAGUCCGUGUUGGGACAGUGGGUACUCCAUUGGGCACUAUCACUUUGUCCUGUGCCUAUAGAAUCAACUUAGCCUUCAUGUCUACCAGGCAGUUUGAGAGGACCCCACCUAUCAUGGGGAUUAUCAUUGAUCACUUUGUGGACCGUCCCUACCCCAGUUCCUCACCCAUGCACCCCUGCAAUUACAGAACUGGUGAGGAAAAUGCAGCUGCAUAUCCUUCUGUGGAGGAUUCGCAAGAGGCAUGCACUACUUCUUUCUCUACUUCUCCACCAUCCCAGUGUGUGUAUACUAUCACUAAAACACAUAUUCAGAGCUCUCCUCUUGUGGUGAUGGACACCUUGAAGGGCCCCUUUUCACAUCAACUCUCCAGCUCUCGUCUUUCUUAUCAGCCUGCUGCCUUGGGAGUUGGAUCAGCUGAACUGGGCUAUCCAGUGGUCUUUGCUGGCGGCUUGAGUGCGGCACAUCCCCAGCAGUUGGUUAUUCAAGGGAAGGAUGGAGGAGUGCCCUUAAUUCCUAGCCAACCAGUGCAUGGCACUCAGGCUGACCAUGAAAGAAUGAUAACAUGCACUCCUUUGGAUGGAGGCCACUACUCUGCAGUUACUCCAUCCAGUAGUGAGGACACAGAAACGGUAUCUAACAGCAGUGAAGCAAAAAGUGGGUCCCCUCAUGACAUGUGGGAAACAAUCUUUGUCCGGAAGGUGGGAGCCUUCGUGAACAAGCCCAUUAACCAGGUGACCAUGGCCAGUCUGGACAUUCCUUUUGCUAUGUUUGCUCCUAAGAACGUUGAGCUGGAAGAUAAUGACCCCAUGGUGAAUCCUCCUGAAUCUCCAGAAGUCGAAUCUCCUCUCCAGGGCAGCCUCCACUCGGUGGGCUCCAGUGGCAGCAGCAAUGGAAACAUCCAUGAUGAUUUUGUUAUGGUAGAUUUUAAACCAGCAUUUUCUAAAGAUGACAUCCUCCCAAUGGACUUGGGAACAUUUUAUCGUGAGUUUCAGAAUCCUCCUCAGCUCAGCAGUCUUUCCAUUGACAUUGGGGCUCAAUCCAUGGCAGAAGAUCUGGACUCACUUCCAGAGAAACUGGCAGUUCAUGAGAAAAACGUCAAAGAAUUUGAUGCCUUUGUGGAGACUUUACAGUAAAGUUGAGCCCCUUCUACAACAGCAUUGAACUUCCUCUAGGAUACCUUAGAAAAUGAAGCCCAUAAACUGUGUCUCUUUCUUCAUUCAGCAUCUUGUUGUGCCCCGCCAUCCCAUUUUAGUAGGCACUAAUUGCUUUGCUCCAUCAGAUGCAGAAACAGUUAUAUUUCUUGGAAGUUGACCUUGGGAUGGAAGUGGCUCACUUUCCUCCCAGUUUGGAGUUUGUAUCUAAUACCAUGCAUUAGGAAAAAAGAAGAUCGCUCUUCCAUUCUCUCAUCUAAUCCAAGAGCUGCUUCCUGCAUCACCAAGAUUAUAAGAUCAGGUUUCUAGAGAACAUUUUUUAUUUGCAUUGGCAUUACCACCAGACAGAAUAUAUCCUGACUGAACAUAACUGUUUUUGAGCUUUGGACAGAUUCUGCUAGAAUGGACUCAAACAGCAGCUUUGCAGAGUCAGCCUUGUCUUCAAAGAGUGCAGUCAAGACAUUUGGGCAAGGGGCCAAUGUUCACCUUUAGUUCUCUAAACAAGGCAAAUAAAAUGUUGCACAUCUGCAUGUGGGAAGUAGGUAGUGAUGGACCUGUUAGAUGUAUAGUUGGGAAGCAAUCCAUAAAAGCAGAAAGAAAUGCUUUCUGUAUAUUUUCUUCCAAAACAGAGUAUGUCAAAACAAUACCUCUCCAAUGGCUCAGACAGAAUUUGUGACAUUUGGAGAUGAUUCUGUAAGAAGUUGUAAAUAAUGAGUUAGGAAUCCUAAUUCUAUAGGGUUAUUUAAUUAGGGGUCUUUAGUCCAAAGUUCUUUUCUUGAUUCCCCCACAGAUGUUGCUGCUCUAUAAUAAGAUAAACGAGAAAAAUAUUUAUUACUCUAAAGGAAACUUAUAUUUAAAGAAAAACUGUAUGUGAUGUUUUGACUUUGUUAUGCAGUCCUAUCAGCUGCUCUGUCCUUGUAUAAGAGUCCUGUACCAAACAACUCUGUUCUUUUCUCAUCCCCAACCCUGUCCCCCACAGAGUAUACAAUAACACUUAUUUUCAGAAACAGAUGUGGUUAUUCUGGGAAAGUUCUCUCUCCUGGGAAUUGACUUGGUUUCCAUUCUGCCCUGUUGGAGUCCAUGGAUGUCAUAAAUAAAAUGCACAUGUUGGUGCAGUGAAUUUCCAGGAAGUUUUUUAAAAGCUGGAUUUUGACAGGCUUAUAAAAUAAGCUCAAUGUGAUCUGCAGCUAGAAAGUAACUUAUUUGAAGAAGCACAUUUUAAAAAGGUUUGUGGUCAUUAGGUUCUGAUUUAGCUAGAGGCUUAUUUUUAUACUGAGCUAGCCAUUAAGCAGUGCAAUUAGCUGGCAUCUCUGUCUACUGCUAUCUAUUCUACAUCCUUCACCAAGUGUGGGGAAGGGAUAAGAUGAAGCAGUAUAUGCAGGAGCUCAGGGACAAACUCUUGGCACAACUUUUCCUUUUAUAAAUCAGGCUAAGGCUAUAGUCCUGUAGAAAGUCCCUUGAGAGUAAUUCUCAUUAAACACUGACGUUUCCCUUCAAGUAACUAUGCUAGGAUUUGCACUGUAGAAUGCGGAAUAAAACCCUUUCCCCCUCCCUAUUUUUGCCUGCUGUCUUAAACUUAUAACUCUAGGCCCUUUCAGUUUUGAAGGACAUCUGUGUUUUCCAGAUUAAAAUAGAUGUUAAUUCCCCAAAGUUGUAAGCUCCAUUCUUCAACAUGAAAGAAAUGUUGGGAAGAGGAUUGAGAGCAACAGUAGUUGUCUAACCAUGUAGCCUCUGGAGUUUUCUAAUCCCUGCUGUUUCAUAGGCCAUAGAUGAAGGCUCAAUUUCUUGCCUUUAUGUUUUGCAUUACUUACUCAAAUUGUGAAAGGCUUAUUAAUAUAGAUUUGAAAGUGACAUUUCAGAUUUGUAUGCACAAAUCCAGUUUCUGACUUAAAUUGCUCUGAUGUAAUUAUCUUUUGCCAUGAAUGAUAUAAUCAUCUAAAUAACCUCAAAGGCAUCUCAGUUAGUCAGUAGGAGAGAAAUAUUACAAUUCUGAGUCACAAUGUGUGCAUAAUCUAGGGCCAUAGCUCUCAGAGAGGCCAUAGCUCUCAGAGAACCUGCCAAAGCUUUUAUUCUUCCUGCCAGACUGAAAUAUGAAUACAUGUACAGUGUAUUCUAAUGUCACCAAUGAAGUGUCCAAUGCAAGUGACAAUCCUGAUGUAGAGCCAGUCUUCCUUGUUUGAACAGAUUGGCUUUAAAGCAUAAACAGCAAGAAAAAAAGCCGGUUCAGGAAAAUGGAUAAACAAAACAUCUGUCAGCUUUCAAGUUUGUUAACCACUUGCGAUUAAAUGGUUCAUGCUGUGAUGAUCAAAUUGAACUUUUCUUGCCAACUAUAUAGAGCUUAAUAAGUUGGUGGUAUGUAUUUUGUGCUCUGCAGAAGCUGGAGCACCAUCUCAAAAUAUUUAAAACAUAAUUGUUUUAUUAGUGAAAAAAAUCCCUUAUUGAAAAGCUAACUUUUUGCUCACAUAUGGUCACUUGUCCAGUACAUGAUUUCAGAGUUCUUGGUCUAGGAAUCUCUGAACUUGGAUUCUAAAUAAUCACUGCAGAAGGCCUUAAAUGUACACACAGGCCAAAACAUCUCCAGUUUCUUCCAUGGAUUUCAUUGGGUGCCCCACAAUUUCUAUACUUGUAUAUUUGUACAUCUUCCUACCUGAGUUCUUCCUUGUCACAAUACUCCUGCUCUUGAUUGUCCUCAUCUUCAUAUUGUGACAGUUAAGAGAGGACAAGCAGAAAGAUUGCUUGUGCAGUUUAAGAUGAAAAGUCACACCUACAUCUCGGGGUGGAAUUGCCAUGGUGGACUGCUGCUGGUAACAGUUUCCAAGGGAAAGAGAAAAGUAAAAAGUAGUUUCCAGUAAAACUUUUAUGUAUGUUACUAUUAUACCAGCAUUCAGCUCAAGUCCCACUGUACUUAUGCAAUCCGUUCUUCUAUCUGAAACAUCAAGACCAUUGAGUGAUACAACUGUUAUCACAAUAGCACAAUUUGAAGUCUGUUGAUUAAGAAGUAUAUGUCACUGUGCUCAGUGAUGGGUGUUCUUUUUAACUAAAGUAAUCAUGAGAUGACAAAAAAUGUUUCCAAAUAAAUAUACACACAAAUAUCAUUCAGGAGACAGAAACAAUGAUUUGGAAGAGACCACAAGGAUCAUCCAGUCCAACCCUUUCUAACAGAUGGCCAUCCAGCAUCUGCUCAAAAAACUCCAGAGAAAGGAGACUGCCAUGCUCCGAAGCGGCAGCAUAUUCCACUGCCACACAGCUCUUACUGUCAGGAAGUUCUUCCUAAUUUUAGGUAGAAUCGUAUUUUCCUGUAGUUUGAAUCCAUUGCUCCAUGCCCUAGUUUUCAGAACAGCAGCAACUCACUAGAAUUCUUUAAUGCAAACAUAAAUCUCAAACAUCUUCAGGUUAGCAAAUAACUCUGGAGAGGGUACACUCUGAACUCCACUUAUCUCCUCCCUGGGAAAAGCUGAACCUGCCCACUACCAUAACUGCUCUGACGUUUUAACAAGACUCUUACAAAGUGAAAUGCCGUCAACUAUGUUGAUGAGCAGGAAGUAGCAUUGCUGGAACCUGUAAGAGAAGUAUGAGGUAAUUUGAGAUAAUCUUCCACAAAUAUAGUAAUGUACCUGUAGAUGGAUGACCAAGAUCAAGUCCUUGGAUAAAAAUAGCUUUGCUGCUGUUUACUUAUGAUUCCUAAAAAGGAUAAGGAUUUUAAUAACCACAGAAUUUUAUAUUCCCAAAAUUACGUGGCCACAGGAUUUUUUUUUUAUUAUAUUGAACUUUACAUCAAGUUUCUCAAGUUAGAUAAUGCAUCUUCACAAAAAAAUGUUUCACUGUUCCAAGUCUUCUUUAGUAACAUUCUUCUGUAAUUAAAAAAAUAGGCAAUAUUGUAGUAACCAUAAGAUGCAGAGCUACUGCUUAAAACUCUUUGCAAACCAACAGCUGUAAAACUAAUGUACCUUGAGAUGGCUUUCCAAUUCUUUUGGUUAAUAAAACAAGACAGUUGUAUUAUU